AUGGCUCGGUUCACUGCCCUAGCAAGCGACACCAGUGACGACGAAACCUACCAACAGCCGGCCAGGCCCGUGCCAAACUCCACCCCCAUACCCAGAGCCAAUGAUGCACCCUAUCAAGACGAGGAUGCAGAUAUAUCAGACUCGGACUCAUCGCGUAUGGACGAGGAUGAGCUGACAUCAAAGCCUCUUCCACAUCCCCAGCGGAAACGGCGAGACAAGAACGCGUUGGUGGAGGGCGAGGACGGCGAGUUUUAUCACGCUCAUGAGUUGGACGAGGAUGAGGGAGAGAAUGACGCUUCCUCAAGUUCGUCAUCUGAGUCUUCCCCUCGUCACACGAGAAGGCCUGGACCAACAUCUGUUCCAUGGGCGCAGCAGGUUGGAGUCGACCCAAAUAGAAUGCAUGUGAUGCAGGCUUCGCUCUUCAGGGUACCAGAGGAAGAACAAGCAUUAAAGCAUGCAUUACCAGAAAAACAUGGGCAGCUUCAUCUUAUGAUGUCGAAUACGCUCAACCGUAAGCAUAGCAGAGAUUCAGAAGGGGAUGGUCUUCGGGUCGUGGCACAAGAGCGUGCCUCGUUUGCCUAUGAUAUCGAAACAGUACCGUAUAGACCAUCCCGAAAAUAUGCGCGUGUAGAGAGCUCAGCCUCUGUUGUAAGUGGAAAUGACAGCUCUAUGGUUGAUGCGGGACUUGCCUUCGGGAGGUCAUUCCGGGUGGGCUGGGGCCCAGGUGCAACGCUAGUGUACUCGGGGCAACUGUGUGCUCCGUCGAGUACUUCUACAGCGACGGCCAACUCUUCCAUGCUCACAAAAGCCCGUGCGCAAUUCUCGACCUAUGAAAACGACUCGUCUAGCAUGUAUUCGAAGCUUCUCUCGCAUCAUCUCACCAACACUCUCAUCACCCCCGACGCAGAUGGCGUGCCAUUUGCCAACCCUGCCUCCGAUCUCAACUUUGCUUCGUUCACAUCGUUGUUCUCAUCGACAGAUCGCUCUUUCGAAGCACUGCUCUUCCGUCUAGGCCAUACACUUUUCGACGACAUCGACUUACAUCUACGAGAUAAUGUCACAGUUGACAUCAGGGAGUAUACUCACGCCAUUCGCCGCAAAUCUGCCCUUUCAUCAUGGCUCGAAGAAGCAGUCGCUUCAUCUGUCGACCAGGAAUUAAAGAACAACUCAUCAGACACUCCAGUCGGGGCUGCAUUUAGUUUACUCACAGGACAUCAAGUGGAGAAAGCUUGCGAGGCUGCCAUGGGUAGCAGCAAUCUCAAGCUAGCGACUCUCAUCUCGCAGGCCGGAGGUGACGCGGAAUUUCAAGAGGAUUUGCGUGCGCAGCUGCAAAUUUGGCGCGAAGAGCGGAUAGACGUCCAUAUUGACGACAGCGUGCGUAAAGUAUACGCCUUGCUUGCAGGCAUCGUAGAUGUGCUUGAGGGUUCCAACGGCGCUGGAAUUGAGCAUUGUUCCGAUCUGUCUCUCACAGAGGGAUUGGACUGGAAGCGCGUGUUUGGCCUUCAUUUAUGGUAUGCGCAGCCCAUGCAUGUACCCAUUGCAGAAGUGUUUCGCUCCUACGAACAGCAUUGGAGACAUACGCCAGAUCGGGUCGCCCCCCCUAAACCAUGGUACGCCGAGAACCCCUCGCAAGGCGACACACUCUGGCAACUACCAGAAGAUGCGAAUCCCCCCGACGCGCUUUACUCCCUCCUUCGGCUAUAUGCCGAUCCCGCAUGCUCCCUGUCAAAGAUUUGCUCUCCCUUUUCUUUUGGGCCCUCGCCUGUUGAUUAUUCCCUCCCAUGGCAUCUCUACAUUCUCUUCUCACGAUGCAUGCGGAUACGUGACUUUGCCGAUCGGGACGACCCAGGUUUCCGUCGAGAUGAAACUGAAGAAAGCCAGAAUGAGGACGAGAGAGUAGAAGGACACAGCCCAAGCGCGGAUCUACUAGCCAGUAGUUAUGCUCUACAGUUGGAACAAGCGGGUUUGAUCCAAGAAGCUGUAUUCGUCCUGCUACACAUCGAAGGGUCUGCCGGGAGAGAAAAGGCCAUCAAAGAUCUACUCGGGCGGUCUGCACCCAAUCUGGAUGAUUGGAUGACUCGGGGCAUUGUUGGUAGCCUGAAAAUCCCAUUGUCGUGGGUCAACGAAGCCAAGGCCAUGCAUGCUCUUGACAACGGAGAAGUUUACGACGCAUACCGGCUUUAUCUUCAGGCAGGGCUGUAUGAUACUGCACACGAGCUUGCAGUUCUCGAGUUGGCGCCCGAAGCCGUCAUACGAGAUGAUUUGACUCUGCUGAAAACAUUGUUUGAGAGAAUUGUGGGUCAUGCCGUCGACAGCUGGCAUGUACGGGGACAGGCUUUCCUCGACUAUGUUGACGUCAGGACACGCGUGCCGAUCCUGCAGGCUGAAAUCUCUGACCCCGAGUUGGCUCCUGACGCUUCGCAAGUAGCCGAACUGGAUGAACUGACCAGGAAGAUACCGAAACUCAUCAACAUCCUAUCUGACGCAUUCCACGAUCGAUCCAAUCCGCAACAUAAUGUCGCGCUGUCAGUGAUGAUCAAAGGUCUUAUGCACGAGCUUGAUAGUGUGCAGCCCCUCGCCAUUUCCCAGGUCCGGUCAAUGCCAGUCAACGAGGCGACCAAACUGCACCACAUACACUCCGCGGCAUAUGCUGGAUUUUUGAAGACGAUCCAAGUGGCUUAA